UCAACAGCACUUGUGCAGUAAGCCUUUUUUCGUGGAUGUUGCAAUGUUUUUGGAAUUUAAUACGGUUCUACAGCUUUUUUGAACUAUUUCCAAACUUCUAUAUCGUUUUCAAGCACUUGACGAUUGCGUGACAUUCGAAACGGUACUCGGUACCGGAAGCACAUUACAUAUGCAGGUUUUUCCAGGAAUCGCGUAGCUGUUCUUAGAAGAAAAAGCGAAAACAGAAAAAUCAAUAUUUACCAUAAUUGCGCGCAAUGUUUUGAUGCUUAAAAUAGAUUUCUCGUUCCCACUCUUGGGAGUUUCCCAUCAAAGUAAGGGAUCUAUAAAAAAGCCCCGGGAACAUGUGUCUCAAUCACAAGGCGCGAAACCAUGCAAAACGAACAUCUUUGGCGAAAUUUAAGUACAAGAACAAUGUCUGCCGACUUUGACGGAGGAUAUCAACAACAGAAUUUUAAUCAAGAAUUCUCAGCUAGUUUUAAUCACGAUCUUUUUUCAAGCAAUAGCUCGCUACUCUUCAGUAACACUGAAACAACAGAAGGCAAUGGCGAGAUCGAUCAGCCCGAAACUACCCAGGUGAAAAUGGAAUUGAAGGAGAGGAUUAAAUUGAAAUUCUUGGAGAGAGGCACUGAAAUACCCAAGAUAGAGGAAAUGACGAGAACUGAACCACCAAAACCUAGAAUUAAAGAAGAAGACCCCGAAGUCAUCAAGAAAAGGAGGGAGCGAAACAAGAUCGCCGCCAUGAAAUGCCGGAGACUAAAGAGGGAGCGAAUCGAAAAGUUAGAAAAGCGGACAAACAAAUUGGAAGAAAGCAAUAGGAAAAUGCAACAAGAAAAAGAGUAUCUUAAGAAGGAAUUUCAACGUCUUUCCAGCUACUUAAGACACCACUCCUGCGCGCGUAACCCAACAGGAAGCUAUGGAGACACUUGGAACACAUCGUUAUGUGGCGCACGGGUUCCACCUGAUCCUGAUGUUUUAAUGUACGUCAAUGUCGAACAAUAGACCUCUCUCUCUAAGCAACCCUUGGCUUGAACAAUUCAGUGAACUUAUGUUAAGCUUUUAACUUAUUCUAUCUUACAGAUAUAUACUGAUUUAAACUCUUUGGAUUUCCGAAGGUGCCCUUAGGAUUAUUAAGAAUUAAGCCAGUCCCGUCUCGGCCCACAAUACCGUUUUCGCAUCGUCUUCUAAAGCGAGGACAAUCACAACACCAUAUCCAAGGCUGGAUGUUUUUCCUUUGUCUUGGAAGGGAACGAGAUGGACUAGAUCGAACGUAGUAAUUUCAUUGUUUUUGCUGUCCAUCCAAACAAAUCUGUCAGAUGUGGUCCGAUUUUCGUCGGUGAAAACUUAGUGGUGUAAACGAUCUUUUUUUGACAUUAAGAAGGGAACGUAAAACAAAUAGGAAGAACUGAAGAUCGUGUACGUAUGGCAGCAUCUUUCCUAGUCAUCUUUUCUAGGCGAGCCUGUUUCAUAACCUUUAAAAUAAACUUAGUAAACACUUGUAGACGAAUAAUUGAUUAAAAAUAAAACGGAAAAAA